UGUUAUUUUUUAUUUAUAUAUAAACAGACCUAAUUUGGCAACCCUACAUACACACCCCAGUGCGCGCGGCCGCACUGUAAGGCGCAGGAGUGUGGAGUUUAGAGACCCGUGCUGCUGGAGCUAAAUAAAGUCGGCGUGGGAGGAGGCGGUGGGAGGAUCAUGUUGAUGCUUGAACACUUUCCAAACUCCAGCACUCUCACUCCGCCAUGCGUGUGUCUGUGAGCCGCUCUGGCAGGAUCACGCACUGAUGUAGAAGAGAGUGCGCGAACGCCACGCCACUCCACUCCACUCCACGCCGCAAGCGCAGAGCGAUGAACCUAGACCGGAACUGUAACGUGGUGCAGAGUGUGGUGGGAUCCCGCAGCUGCGCGCUGUUCCGCGGCCACUGGCAGCCCACGCUCACCUACUGGAGCGCCUUCUUCAGCUUCGGCCUGUGCCUGGCCCUGCUCGGCCCUACCGUGCUCGACCUGCGCUGCCAGACGCGCUCCAGCCUGCAGCAGGUCACACUCGCCUUCUUCUCGCAGCAGCUCUGCCUGUUCGUGGGAAGCGUCGUGGGCGGUUUCUUCAGCAAGUCACUUUGUUCCUCUUUGUCGUCCCUCACUGCAUCCACAUUCAUCAUCUCCCUGGUGUUCGCCUUCAUCCCACUAUGCAGCAAUGUGUUGAUGCUGGUAGUUGCGAUGGCUGUAACAGGCCUGGCCAUGGGCAUCAUCGAUACCAUCUCCAACCUGCAGCUGGUGAAGCUCUACCAGAAAGACUCCACUGUCUUCCUCCAGGUGCUCCACUUCUUCAUUGGUCUUGGGGCGUUGUUGAGCCCCCUCAUCGCUGACCCGUUUCUGUCUGAAACCGACUGCAUCUUGGGAAACACCUCCAUCAAUUCAUCAACAACAAUGAGGCACUUGAGGAACAGCCUUUCUGGCAGACACCUGCAUAACGUGUCCCACAUUUCUCUCAAUACUGACGGUGAAGUGGUCACCAAAGUGUCUUACGCCUUCUGGAUCAUGGCGAUCGUCAAUCUUCCUGUGCCUAUGGCCGUUUUGAUUCUGAUGUAUCGGGAGCAGCUGCUCCCAUGUUGCCCCAAGCCCAGUCCUCGUCUCUUGGGAGGGGAGUCACUUACCGGUGCUGUGAAGAUGCGGAGGAGCUCGGAGCAGGCUAACGUGAGUACAACGGAGCUUCAUGAACCUACAGGCCACAUAGAUAUGCUAAACUGCUAUAGCCUCAGCAAGCUGAAAGGACAUCCACCAUCUUUCUACGGGCUCCAUGUCUUCGGAGGGAUGGUGCUUUUCUUCUCUGAUGGCAUAGUGGGGUCGUACACGGGUUUUGUUUACACCUAUGCCGUGGCUCCACCCAUGAGUCUACCGCACAGGAUGGCGGGCUACCUGACCAGUGUGUUCUGGGCAGCCAUCACAGUGGGGCGUCUGGCCUCCAUACCGCUGUCUUACCACGUCAAACCCGUUCGCCUGCUCAUGUUUAACCAGGUUGGCGUGAUAGUGACUCAGUUGCUUCUGCUCAUCCUCUACACGAACAGUGCCUUCCUUUUCAUCGGUACCUGCUUUCUGGGUCUGUUUAUCAGCAGUGUCUACCCAUGUAUGCUGGCUUUCACAGAAGACCUCCUUGACUACAAAGGUUGUGCCACUGCAGUCCUUGUGACCUCUGCUGGAAUGGGAGAGAUGCUUCUACAGUUACUGGUGGGAUCGGUUAUCAACACACACGGCAGUUACAGCUUCAUGUUGUGUGGUAUGAUCUUUGGCUGCAUGGGCUUCACACUCUUCCUGGCACUUCUUUUAGUUCAACACAGACACAAAAAGUACUUAGCAGCUGCUCCCAAUGCCAUCCCUGAAGCAGAAAGGUCUGGGACUAACGAAGCUGAACGCUGAGUGCCUGGUGGCGCUUCGGAGUCGGACCAAAGAUGGAACGAACAGACCAAGAUGGUCUCAGUCUGAGACCGUUCCAUAGGAGAGAAGGGGACACGACUGGAUCGUAGUCACUGGUUUGAGACAAUCCUCAAAUCCUGAGAAGUGUUGGACCUUUUAUAGAACUGUAGUUACAUCAAGACCAAAGAUGAUUUGUUGUUGAUUUGUGUGCAUAAAGCAGGCAGAUGUGCCUGGGGGAAUAGGGGCUUUCGCUUCCAGAUCUUGCUGUCGUUGCCAAUAAGGGAAGAAAAACCUACCACUUUCCUCCUGUUUGGACAUGUUUGGUAUGUGAGUUGGGCUAAGACUUGUUAAAAGCUUAUUUUGAAUCUUCUGGAAAGCUAAAUUUAUACCAUCACAGUUUGCUUGUGAUGUUUGCAACUGAAGCUGUAAAUAAUUAAACAGUGCAAAUGAACAAAUGGAACACUUUCAAUCUAGUUUAGUUAUAAAUCUCACAUUAACAAAUGAUGCACUUUUUAUUUGGGGGGGGGAAUAUAAUUUUUGUGGUUAAGAUGGCAUUCUUUAAUUACUGCUGGGGGGGGGAAGUUAAAUGGAUUAUAAUGUCCAAGAUGUAGGAAAAUCCAGCAAUGCAGUGAUUAAACUUGGAUCAGACGUAUGGCAUAAGCUUCUGCGUGAGUUCUUGUGUUGCGUGUUGUACCAUGUAUUGCCUGUGGAUGGUCUUUUUAUUUUUUUUAUUUAUUUUUUUUUUUUCCCUUUUUCUUUUUUCUUCUUCACCACAGAUGUCUUCGAUUUCGAAGUAUACACUUUCCCUACAUGACACAUGGGUAAACUUUGCUAGUUACUAAAUUCUGAAACUGCAAUACUUUUCUUCAACCAAAUAAUGAAGUUAAAAUUAUUCCUCCAAGUUCUGUGUGAGCUAACUUAUUUAUUAAUUUUUCAAAGUACCUCUGUAGGAGAUAUUUCUACCAAAUUAUACCACAACGCUGUUGAGUUCUUGAAUCUGAUUGGUCAGAUAAAUGCACUAGUUCUCAUUUUUAAAGUAACAGUUUACACAGGGACUCCCAUGUAGACAGAUCUUCCAUAUAAUACUAAUAAAAAAAGGUUAUUUAAUAGAGAAAUGUUUAUUUAACAUUUUAUUUAUGGAAGGAGUCUCCAGUGUCAGUGCUACAUUUUCUGGUCAGAGGAGUUGGUGUGUUUGGGGGUUUUUUUUGUUUUUUUUUUAAAUCUAUUAAAUUUGUGGGGGGGGGGGAAGGGGAGGUUGUUUAAGCAGAGUGAAGGUUUAUAGUUGCUAAAAUGUAACUGAGAACAGUAACUAACUUGUCUCGUGGCUCUUCCACAACAUUAAUGCAACUCUAAAUGUAUAAAAAUUAGGAUGUGCUGUACAUAAAUCGAAUUAAGGUGAACAGCUGUGGUAUUAAUGAUAUUAAACACUUAGAUACAUGCUGUUAUAGGAAAUUAAUCAAGUUUAGGAUGGUAAUAGAAACUCUGCUUCAUCACACCAACCGUUAUUAUUUUCCUAGAACAGCACAUGCCCAAGUGUUUAUUUCUCACAUAAUGUUUAAAAGUAUCUAACAAUAGAAUAGUACAGAGGAUCAAAUAUUUAGAGUCCAGUAUCCAGAAUUUUUGGUCCAAUUACCAGUCAUUUAAUCAGUUAUUCACGUUCCAAACAUUGACAACUUUUUUUAAAAGCAUUUAUUUUAAACAGAAUAAAUUCUAAUAAGAUCAGAUCUUCGAGCAGAGACUAAGGUUUGAAGUAAGCAUGCUUUUGCAUGCAGAAAGUCAUAAAAUGCAGAUCCUACUAGUUUCUUGGAAAAGCUUCCUCGUAUUGUGCUGGGUAGCUGCAGGCAUGUUGGGCCAAGUCCAUGACCUUUGACCGUGAAGAAGCGGUGGUAGGGUUUUAAAAUGCCAAAGUAUUUUUAAUAUUGGCUGUACAGCAUUAAAUAGCUGCUUAUUUGCUUUUGUUUGGGCUUCACAGGUGUCAAAGCUGCCAACGUUAACACGACAAACCUCAGACACGGCUUAUUGAUUUGUUUUCUUUAUUUUUAUUCAACGUCCACAAUAUUAACCCAAAUUGACAGUUGUAAACAUUUGUGCUGGUUGUCACAGGUUGGGACAAAUCAUUAGAAAAUAGCAUUCGCACCUAGAAUCAUAUUUUUAUUUUUUUUUCUUUACAGGCCAAACAACAUUUACAUGAUAUGUUUAGGACUGCUCACUUAUCAAGGGGGGGGGGUUAUUACUUUUUUCACUAAAUUUACACUUGUGCAUCUUGAAGGCAUGAUUGUAUGACCCCACAUCCAGAUUCUUAGAAAAUUAUAUUCUUAAGAAAAAUAGAUUAAUUUAUAGAUUAAUGAAUGGGCCAUAAAGUAAGUAUAACUUUGGAAAAAGUAAAAGAUGUAGGUGCAUAGAUUCAUCUUUUGUAGUAGGGAAAAUGGAGGCACACUUUUUUUUUUUUUCUUUUGUUUUUUCCAAGUCUGAACAGAAUUUAAGUGCCACAGAGAAAGUUAACACUGAAAAGUUGUACACAAAAAUAUAUUACAGAAUUGUGGGAAUGCUACAAACGUUUAACUAAAAGGGGAAGGGGAAGGGGAAGGGGGG